AUAUGUACUAAUACGUACAUAUUGCUAAUUAUCUCUUUAUUGGAUUUGUAAUUGUUUACCUUCAGUAUUUAAAAAGAAAAUUAAUUCCUAAAUUUAAACAAACAACAUGCAUAAUUCAUAUAAGAUUGUUGAAAUAAUAGUUCAAAUUAUUUAUAAAUUAUGCAAACUGUAAUAAAUGUUCUGUGAAAAUGCAUUACGUGAACAAUCCAUAUUAAAAUAUUUAUGAAUAAUACUAACAAUUAAGAACAAGUCAUUUAGGAAUAUAAAUGAGUAGUGUGAGGAAAACGGGAGCAGAAUUUGCAGACUGUUGUUUAAUAUAUUGCCAACAGUGAAUAGAAUAUGUGGAUAUUUGAUAAAGAAGUAUCAGAUUUUUUGUAAUUAUAGAUUUACUAUUGUUUUUGUUUUUCCCGUAAUCUAAACAUGUUUUCCAUAAUAUUUAACCUACAGAAAAUUUUAGAAGAUACUAUAGUUGAAUAUAUCGACGUGGACUUUACAUUAUGGUUAUGGCUUUUGAUGCCACUUCUGUUAACAUUUUUACUUCCACUUCUGAUUGGGAUAUUAUUAUAUUUAACUGCAUUAAUAUUGUAUAUAUAUAAGUUACACAGAGUUAGAUUAAGAAAUGCAUAUGAAACAGACUGGAGAAAUGCUGCACGCAAUGUAGUAGCUGCAGUUUGGGAUGCUCAUGGCUGGAUUUGGUAUGGAUAUGAAGUAGUUGGACUUCAAAAUAUACCACAAAAUGAACCAGUACUUUUUGUAUACUAUCAUGGAGCUAUACCUGUAGACCUUUAUUACUUUAUAUCUAAAAUAUUACUUUUAAAUUCUAAGUUAAUUCACACAGUAGCAGAUAGAUUUCUUUUCAAAUGCCCUGGGUGGUCUAUAAUUUCUGAUGUAUUAAAAGUAAUACCUGGUACAAUCCAAACAUGUUCUACUAUUUUGAAAGAAGGUAAUAUGCUUGCAAUCUCACCUGGUGGUGUAUAUGAAGCUCAGUUUGGAGAUUCUUAUUACCAAUUAAUGUGGAAAAAGCGAGUGGGUUUUGCAAAGGUUGCAUUGGAUGCUAAAGUGUGCAUAAUACCUUUAUUUACGAAGAAUAUUAGAGAAGCAUUUAGAACGAUAAGUUGGGGUAGGAGAAUGUGGUUGAGAAUAUAUGCUGCCACCAGAUUUCCUUUUGUACCUAUCUAUGGUGGUUUUCCUGUAAAGUUGACAACAUAUGUUGGUAAACCAAUUCUGUAUGAUGGGAAUCUAACACCAGAAGAGUUACAAAUGAAGGUUGCUGAUGCACUCAACAAUUUAAUAAAUCAACAUCAAAGAAUACCAGGAAGUAUAUCAUUAGCUUUGUUAGAAAGAAUAUAUGUUGCAGGGAAAGAAGAAUCAUAAGUUUUAGCAUUUACUCAAGUAUUAUUACAUUGCAUUUUACAUAUGAGAUAGAAAAAUGUUUGAAAAUGUUAUACUAUUUUAGACUAUUUAUACUUUUAAUUUAUGGUGCUGAUUAUUUAAUAAUUCUUAGUAAUGAUAAAUUCCAUUAAAUUUAAGGUUAAUUUUGCCACUAUGUAAUUGUACUUAUUUUUGAAGUAUAAUAAUUUAUUUGUCUUUCCAAUUGUUACAUAAAUAUUUUAUAUAUUUUAUCUUGAUUCAUUGUUGAUAUGAAAGUAUAAAUUAAAUUUAUUCAGAUUUCAAUACAUUUUUUUAUAUCUAUAUCGAUUGUUUUUAUAUUUAUACGUAUUUGAUAUAUAUAUAAAUGACAUUACUAUUCUCUACACGUAACUGAAACCAGUCUUUAAUUUUUUCUCAAGUAUUAUCGAUAUAUUUUUAUUGCAACUAGAACUCUUAAUGUAAGCGAUUUGUAAAUAUUUUUUCUGUUAUAAGAAUUUGCUGUGUAACUAAGCUCUGAAUAAUUCCAUAUAAUAUUGUACGAGUACUUAUAUUCAUUCUCUUAUUUGCUAUCUUUGUACACGAAAAAUAAAGGACAUCAGAGUUCUACA